AUGGACCGACCGCGGAACGUCAACGACCUGGCGGACGAGUUGAUCUCCGAGGUCCUGUCCUUCCUGCUCGGCUCCGAGCAACUUCUCAAUGACAGCGUCGUCGCAAGAGACGCGGAUCUCGCCCCCGGCCUCGAUCCCAACUCAGUCUCCGCGUACGGCGAGCAGACGGAGCUAGACCGAUUCCGACUCGUGUGUCGGCGUUUCACGCGCAUAGGCACGCCCCGGAAAUUCCCCCGCUUCGUCCUGCGGUUCUCCCGGGAAGGGUUCGGGAGACUGGAGGAUCUUCUGAGCAUGCAGCUGGCCUGCCAUGUCAGAUACUUCACGUACAUGGUGCGACCCUUCUACCAAGGAAGCGGAUGGAGUAAUCUCCUGAAUGGAGUCGACUCGGGUACACUCCCAGACGCGCGCAUCCACCAACGGCGCUUCCACGACCAGUGCGAAAUCCUCGACAAGGACCAUGACGUCUCGGUCCUGCGCCGCGCGCUCGCUGCCUUCACCUCCCUCCAACAGGUCAAGCUCCUGCGCCUGCAAGACAAAGCAGACGAGAAGGCCCUGGACUACAUACGGGAGCGCACGCUGGGGCGCGACACCAGCCUCGAUUGGGGCGCGGCGUGCUCCCGCGCCGUGUCCAGCCUAGGCAUCUCCCUGCUCGAAUCCACCCGGCACGGAGUCCGCUUCGUCGGGCCCCAGAUCAGCCCAGACGCAACAGUCCGGCUGUCCCAAACACCAUCAACCACACUGUCAGAGCUCGGCACCCGCCUGACCAGCCUAGACGUGACCUUCCUAACAACAAGCGACAUGACGGCACCCAUGGGCAGCCUCUCAAGCGUCUUCCACGACUUCUUCCUGGCCGCGCGCAACCUCACCGCUAUCCACCUGGGGUUUCCCCCAGGGAUCCCCCUAGACCUCUCGCUAGAAACCAUCUUCCACAGACUACAGUGGAAGCGUCUCCGCACGCUCAGCAUCCAAGGCUGGCGGCUCCACGCCGAGGAACUCAUCAGCCUCAUCAGCCGCCACAGACGCCCGCUGCGCGAUAUCCGGCUAACAAGCAUCUACCUCCGCGAGGGCAGCUACUGGCGCGACGUGCUAUCCACACUGCACUCAGGCCUCGACCACCUCGAGCGGAUCGACCUGCGCGACAUAAACUACGUCCAGCCCGCCCACGCCACCAACACCUCCACCAACGGCAGCAGCAGCUCCAACGGCACCACCAACGGCAGUACCCCAGAAACAUACCCACACCCACCCCUCAUCCCAAUCAUCACGCGCCCAGCCUCGGAAUCCCCGCCGCCCCAGACAGCCCUCAGCGUGGACCACAUGUCGUUCCUCCCGCGGGGCAACACGCGGCGGUCGUUCUCGGGGCCGACGCUGGAGCGGCUGCGGGGACUGUCUGCCGAUGAGCUCGGCGAUGAUGGUGUCUGCGUAAGACGGGACCAAAGACUAUUCUGGGAGGCGUGGGUGUUAUCGUCUAGUGGGGGGCAUGACGGGUGGGGUUGA